AUGACAGCUUUUCAGCAGUACUUCCACAGACGCGAUGGACCUCAUCACAGGCAAGACCAUCUCCGUGGAGGCCUGCCAGCAUUCUUGAUGAGUGAGUGCUGGGUGGAUCGUCCAAUUCGUCCAAUCAGUCUCCGCCAACUAUUCUUUUUCGGACGGACCUUGACAGAGGAGCGACUGAUCAGUUCUGCAAACUAUGUUCGCUCAGAGCUGCCCACUAGGCUUGCCCACCGGCUGCGUGACAUGCAGAAGCUUCCAUAUGUUGUUGUCACAAACCCCCAUCUCUCCACUGUAUACGAGCUGUAUUACAAGGCGUUUGAAACGCUACGCCGGGUGCCGCUAAUCAAGACUGUUGAAGAAAAUGAUGAGUAUUGCAAGGCUAUCAGCGGCACAUUGAAAGAGCAUCUGGCAGUUAUACCCAACCUUGUUAUUGGCGUCCUGGAGUGCCAGGAUCUAGUGCACCCACAGAUGAUGGAAGACUUCAUCAAUACCAUGCUUCGAGCUCGUAUCUCUAGAAGAGUCAUAGCCGAACAGCACCUUGCCUUGACAGAGACUUUUGACUCGCCCUGGCAUUUUCCGGAAAAGAAGUCCGAGUCCGAGUUUGUCGGUGAAGUCCUACUCCGCUGCAAUGCCAGAGAUAUUGUCAAGCAGUCAGGCGAGCUUGCUCAGCAGCUCUCACGGAAAGCCACAAACUCGGAUUCUGCCAUACCUGAAAUCAAGAUCUCUGGCCAUCUCGAGGCAACGUUUCCUUAUAUACAGAGUCACCUUGAAUAUAUUGUCGGUGAGCUUCUUCGUAACUCCAUUCUGGCUGUUAUGGAAAAGAACCAUGGCACGUGUUCAAAGCCAUCUCCAAUAGAAGUUCUGAUUUGUGAAGCGCCUCAACACGUUGUGAUUCGCAUAUCCGAUCAAGGUGGUGGUAUUCCUCGUGAUAUCGUUCCCUACCUGUGGUCGUUCAAUAAAGGCCCGAAGAAUGCUGCACGCCUGCGAAAUCUAGAAAAGGUCCCAGCGAUGGCGGCCACAGUCGAUGAGCUGCAAACCUCUUCAGCACGUCAGGGUGCUUCCAAUAACCAUGCUCUGCCGGAAAAACGUCGUGACAGCUCUUUGAGCUCUCUUUCUUCGAGGCCACCGAACCUGCGUUUGGGCAUGGGACUUCCUAUGAGUCGGGUUUAUGCUGAGUACUGGGCAGGAAGUCUUCAGCUCCAUAGUCUGGAAGGUUAUGGCGUAGACGUCUUUCUUCAAAUAUCGAAGCUCGGGAACCAGAAUGAACAGAUCAACACAAGAGCCUCAAUUGAUGCGGUCUGA